GACCCGAGGAAGUUUGGCAAUAUGGCGUCGCACGGUUUGUCUCCAUCACUGAAUAGACUGCUGUUAGCCCUAAAGUAUGCAACAUUCCAGCCUAGAUGUUGUGCAGUACACAAGGCUCAUUAUAGCACAGUCUAUAAUGGCAAUGAAAAGACCUUUGAUAAGAUCCUGAUUGCAAACAGAGGAGAGAUUGCUUGUAGGGUGAUCAAGACAUGUAAGAAAAUGGGCAUCCAGACUGUAGCAGUUCACAGUGAUGUGGACUCCAGUGCUGUCCAUGUAAAGAUGGCUGAUGAGGCAGUGUGUGUUGGUCCUGCUCCCACUAGUAAAAGCUACCUGAACAUGGACGCCAUCAUGGAUGCCAUCAGAUCAACUGGAGCACAAGCGGUUCAUCCUGGCUAUGGGUUUCUCUCUGAAAACAAAGAGUUUGCAAAGCGGCUUGCAGCAGAAGGAGUGACAUUUAUUGGUCCGGACACUCAUGCUAUCCAGGCAAUGGGAGAUAAAAUUGAGAGCAAGCUAAUUGCUAAGGCUGCAAAGGUCAACACUAUUCCAGGGUUUGAUGGAGUUGUCAAGACUGCUGAGGAAGCUGUGAAGAUCGCACAGGACAUUGGUUACCCAGUGAUGAUUAAAGCUUCUGCAGGAGGAGGAGGAAAGGGAAUGAGGAUUGCUUGGAACAAUGAGGAGACGAGAGAAGGUUUCCGUUUUUCAUCCCAAGAGGCAGCAUCCAGCUUUGGAGAUGACAGGCUGCUCAUUGAGAAGUACAUAGACAAUCCCAGACACAUAGAGAUACAGGUGUUGGCUGAUAAGCAUGGUAAUGCUCUGUGGCUAAAUGAGAGGGAGUGCUCCAUCCAGAGGAGGAACCAGAAGGUGGUGGAGGAAGCUCCCAGUACUUUCCUGGAUCCGUCAACGCGGCGAGCGAUGGGAGAACAGGCGGUGCAACUAGCCAAGGCUGUCCAGUACUCCUCCGCUGGGACUGUGGAGUUCCUGGUGGAUUCUAAGAAGAAUUUCUAUUUUCUGGAGAUGAACACACGACUACAGGUGGAACAUCCAAUCACAGAGUGCAUUACUGGUCUGGACCUCGUGGAGCAAAUGAUCCGGGUCGCCAAGGGUUACAAACUGCAUCAUAAACAGGAAGACAUCCCAAUAAAUGGCUGGGCCAUUGAGAGCCGAGUGUAUGCUGAAGACCCAUACAAGUCUUUUGGCCUUCCCUCAAUUGGACGACUGUCUCAAUAUCAAGAGCCAGUCAACCUCUGCAAUGUGCGUGUAGACAGUGGCAUCCAGGAAGGAAGUGACAUCAGUAUCUACUAUGACCCCAUGAUCUCCAAGUUGGUCACUUAUGGCGCUACGCGAGCUGAAGCCCUUUCCAAAAUGGAGGAUGCUCUGGACAACUAUGUGAUCAGAGGUGUUACCCACAACAUUCCUCUCCUACGGGAGAUCAUCACGCACCCUCGCUUCAUCUCUGGUGACAUUAGCACCAACUUCUUGCCUGAAGUCUACCCUGAUGGGUUCAAAGGUCACCAGUUGGAGGCCAGUACACGCAGAGAGCUGUUGGCCUCUGCAGCAGCUCUCCAUGUCGCUUCUCAGCUGCGUUCACAGAGGAUCCUGGGUAAUCAGAGGGUGUCCAACAGCCCUGUGGAGUGCAGCUGCUGGGAGCUGGUUGUAAAGCUGGGGAAGGAAGCCCACCCCGUGACUGUUACCAGAUCAGGAAAUACUUACACUGUGGAGGUAGAUGGAGAGAGAGUGGAGGUGUGUGGACAGUGGAGCCUGGCCUCCCCACUGCUGCCGCUAACCAUCAACAACACACACAGAAUGCUACAGAGUCUGUCCAGAGAUGCAUCAGGAGAGAUAGUCCUACAGUACCUUGGCACAUCGUUUAAGGUUCGUGUUCUGUCCAAGUUGGCAGCAGAGUUGAACUCGUACAUGCCUGAGAAGGUUCCAGAAGACACCACCAGUAUCCUGCGCUCACCGAUGCCUGGAACAGUGGUGGCGGUGUCUGUCAAAGCUGGAGAUACGGUCGCAGAGGGACAGGAGAUCUGUGUGAUUGAAGCCAUGAAGAUGCAGAAUAGUUUAACUGCUGUCAGGCAAGCAAAGGUCAAGAGUGUCCACUGUAAAGCAGGAGAGACUGUGGGAGAAGGAGACCUGCUCGUAGAACUGGAAUAAACUGAAAGCUGUGAUGCUGGUCCACAGUCAGAACCAGGAUGUGCCUUCCUUCUGUCUGUGUUCAGAAGAAGACUGGACUGUUGUAAAAUGCAGAUCCAUGAUCAAGACUCAAGAACAAGAUCAAACAUUUACUUUUCACUCCACAGUCAUUCUAUGAAUUGAAAAAAUCCAUCUUUAUUCACAGUUUGUUUCUGUUUAUACUUUGAGCAUCGUGAAGCAAGUUCAUCCAGUCUGGAGUGUAUUUGUGUGUAUUUCUGUUAUCCAGCUCAACAACACCUCACCUUGUUCUUUUAAAUCAGAAGUUCCCACUCCAUUUAUUUUUGGCUCCUAAUGACCAUUUACAAACCUGUACAGAGAGCUGUAUAUUUGCCUCAAGAACACCCUGUAAUCCUAAACAUAUGAGGAAUUUCAGAAUGUAGUAUAAUACAACAGCUGCUUCAAAACCAGGAAUGGACACUGCCACUAAAUGUGAGUUAAUAUUUGGAACAAUAUCACAUUAAGGCACAAAUGGAUCUGAUAAUACAGUUGAUCAAAAUGAUAUCAAUUGCUUUUUAUAAAUUAAAUUCUGUUAAAUGAC